AUGGCAUUCACUGAUAUCGACCUUCUGAGGCGGAAUCGGAGCUUCAAACAAUCCCGCAUUCGUAAUCACUCAUGGUCCGUUAUACCGAGGCUUCUUUCCACGCUGCUACAAAUACCACUGUGCAAAAUACAGCUCAAUACCCUACAACACGAAACGAAAAUGUCUACAAAGUCGGACAUCACGCUCUACACAACGCAGACGCCUAAUGGCAUCAAAGUCUCCAUCCUGCUGGAAGAGCUGGGUCUUCCAUACAAAGUAGAAAAAAUCGAAAUCACAAAAAACACCCAAAAGGAACCAUGGUUUCUCGCCAUCAAUCCGAAUGGUCGCAUCCCAGCUCUGACCGAUACUUUUGAAGACGGGCAGACGAUUAGACUCUUCGAGUCUGGUAGCAUCAUGCAGUACCUCGUCGAUCGCUAUGAUCCAGAGUACAAGAUGAGCUUCCCCCGGGGUACGAGGGAGUACUAUGAGAUGAACAAUUGGCUAUUCUUCCAGAAUGCUGGUGUGGGGCCCAUGCAAGGCCAGGCUAACCACUUCACCCGCUACGCGCCCGAGCACAUUGAGUACGGCGUCAACAGAUACCAGACCGAAACCCGCCGUCUGUACAAUGUGCUUGACAAGCAUCUUGCAUCCGAUAAUCGUCCCUAUCUAGUUGGCGAGAAAUGCACAAUCGCAGACGUCUCUCACUGGGGUUGGAUCGCUGCCGCCGGCUGGGCAGGCAUCAACCUCAACGACUACCCUGCGCUCGCAGCAUGGGAAGAACGCAUGGCAGCGCGACCCGGCGUUGAAAAGGGCCGCCAUGUUCCGGAUCCUCAUACCAUCAAGGAGUUACUCAAGGACCAGGCCAAAGCAGAGGCGGAGGCUGCGAAGGCGCGUGAGUGGGUGCAGUCGGGAAUGAAGGACGAUGCGGCGAAGCAUGGGGGUGGGAAGGUAAAUGGGAAGAUUUGA